GGUAUCUAGGAGGUAUAAUUCGGCGUUGAAGAAGACCUGCUGUUGAUGCUGCUGUGAGGACGCCCCUGAGUAGACUCGCUUAGGCCUACUUGAAGUUAGAAGUCGAUUUGACGUCGAUCUGUAGUUUUACGUCGAGUGAUUUUGGUGUUGAAAUCGACGUGAUUUGACGUCACGUUCUCCCCCCUCAGGCUUUGAAUUGAGUAGGCCUACUGUACGUUUAUAGGAUUAUCUUAGGCCUGCUCGAAGUGAUCGACUCUGACGUCGAAUCGUCGAUUUGCGUCGAGUGAUUCAGAGUGAAAUUCAACUGAUGUCACAAUAUAGUCUCAUCUUAGGCCUAAGAACAUAAUCUCACUCUAUAUUCUUCUCAAAUAUUGAAUUAAGGAGCCCUACUCUACAUUAGACUCUCUCAGGAGAAUUGAAGCACGUCAACAGAAAUUCAACGUAAUAUUAAACGAUAUUCUCAUUUUAGGCCUAAAAAGGUCACGUUACGUUAUAUUUUCCCCACAAACUCAGAUUUAAGUAGGCCUACUCCACAGUAGACUGCCUAUCUUAGACCUACUUGAUAAUGUCAAUGUCCGUCGACUGAAUUCGACAUAAUAUCACAAGAUACUCUCCUUUCAGGCCUAAAAGAAUUCUUCUCCGAGAUAUAGAUAAUGACGAAUUAAAUCUGAAAAAACUACAAUUAAAGCCACCCAUAGACCUACUGCCAAAGGCCUUGACACCCCUGGCUCGAAUGCCCAUAGGCCCAUUUUGUCGACUUAAAUUCGAGUGGAAGUCGAUGCAAUAUCACAAACUAUUCAACCCUUAGACUUCAUUUUGACCUAAAUCCUAUCGCCAAGAAUCCUACAGUUGAGGACAGCUGUAGGUCUACUGCCAUAGACGCCCCUGGCUCAAGUAAACUGCCCGUAGGCCUACUGGAACUGUACAGUGGCCUUUUGAAAGAAUCAUGGAGGAAGAGUCGGACAACACAGAACUGUGGUUAACGUGGAAUGACCACGCACAGAUAUUGAAAAAUGUAUUGUCAACAUUGCGUUAUAAGGAGUUGUAUGCAGACGUCACACUAGUUUGCGGCACCAAGCAGUAUGCCGUUCACAGAUUUAUCUUGGCAACUUGUAGUGCAUAUUUCGAGAAGCUGCUUGAAACCAUUCCUGGCCAGCACCCGGUCGUCGUCCUUACCAACACAUCUCCGAAGGAUUUAGAAGCCCUGCUGGACUUCAUGUAUCUUGGUCAGACCGAAGUCAAUUCGACAGAUUUGGAUCGGUUGCUGGAUGUUGCGUACGAAUUCAGAAUUCGGGGUCUCAUUUCUGCGAGAGAUGAUCCAGAAGUUCAGGUAAUGUUCUUGUGUCAUUCAGAGUAGCACGAGACGUUCAAGUACGGUCGACCCCCACCUAUUUAUGUUUCUAGAUUUGUGGAUUUUUCUGUGGAACAUAUAUCCACAUUAUUCUUGGAAAAUUCACCUAUUCACAGAAUUUUUCAUUGGGAAAUGUCACUGUAUUUUCAUAUUUUCUUGGUUAAAUAUAUUUUUCAUGAUAAAACUAUCGAAAGAGGCAGGUAUGAGCAUUUUUAGAGGGGUUUUUUGGUGUUUGAAAUAUCAAAAUAGG